AUGUCACAUUCAGAAGUCUCCGCCGUAGACCCGCAGCAGCUCAUCCUCCUGGAAAUGAGCUACGUCGCGUUUGCGGAUAACGCAUCAGGUGCCUGCAGGGCCCGUCUCAUCAAUACCGACGUCGGAGUCUACCUCGGUGUUUCAGGCUCAACCGCUAACACAGUGAGUGUCUACUCUGGCACGUCAACUUCCAUGGCCGUCGCCUCGGGUCGCAUCUCGUACACGCUCGGGCUUACUGGUCCGUGCUUCCCUGUGGAUACGGCAUGUUCGGCAUCUCUCGUCGCGCUCCACCUGGCGGAGUGCUCAAGUGCUUGUGUGUGUGGAGAAGGACUGCUGGAAGUGACGGCGUUCGCAGCAUUCAGCGCGGCGGGCAUGCUCUCCGCUUUCGGACGCUGCCACACGUUCGAUCGCCGCGGUGACGGGUACUGCCGCGGCGAAGGUUGCGGAGCUUUUUUACUGGACUCUGAAGUCUCUACCAAGGUUGCUGUCCUUGGCACGGCGCGCGAGCUUGACCGCGCCCAACGGGUCAUCGCAGAGGUGAUUGGUCUCGACGAAGCGCACGGCACGGGAACGGCGCUCGGAGAUCCGAUCGAAGUAGUCUCUUCUGCAAGCGCCAAAUGA